AUGAGAGUGACAGGUAAACUAGACCAAGCCAACGCCGAUCUUCAUCAACUUUUGCAAGAGAAAGAGUCAAUGCAGAAGACGGUGGAGGCACUCAGGAUGGAUAAGAACAACCUGGAGAGGAACCGCGUUGAGAUCAAUGCCAUGGUGGAAUCCCUAACAUCAGACUAUGAGAAACUUCAAAAGAUCAACUCUCGUCUAGAGAAAGCUAUAGAAGCGCUGGAGAGUGAGAAGAGAAACCUAAACGAUGAGGUGGACCAUCUGCACCGCGAGGCUUCUAGCAGAGAGGCAGUGUUGAGGGCCGAAGAAGAACGUUCUUCGCGCCUACGCUCAGAGCUGGUGACGACCAGAGAGGAGCUCAACAAGACUGCGUUGGCGCGGGACUUGCUCGACCAGCAGAAGAUCGAAGCCGACGCCAUACUCUCUCAAAUGGAGAAACAUAGGAGUGACCUAGAGAUAGAACUGGAAAGGACUCUUAUGGAGAGGAGCGAUCUGCAAGACCUCGUGGAGAAAUUAGAAGCGGCUGUAAGGAACCUUGAAAGCGACAAGAAGAAGUUGCAUGAUGAUGUUAAACAUUUGGAAGACGAGAAGUCAAACUUAUCAAGCCAGUCAUCAGAACAGCAAGGAGAUCUGAACUCCUUACGCAAAGAACUGUUAGCAGCUGAACAAACUAGGAUGGAGCUCGAAGCUGACAAGGCUUCGUUAUGUGAGAAGAUCAAGUUCAUUGAAGGAGAGAGAGAUAAGGUGGAGUUGGAGUUGCGACAGGUUAUGAGGGAACGUGGCGAGCUAAGUUCCCAACUAACAGCAAUGGUUCGCAAGAAGGAUACCCUUAACGAAGAGAUUAUACGCCUGCAACAACGACUAGAACAGGCAAAUGAGACUAUCGGGAGAAUCAAUAGAGCUUUGGAAGACCAUGUUAAAGAUGGGGAGGAUAAACAGAUCCUAAUCGACUCUCUGGAGAAGGACAAGCAGCACCUACAGGAACAGCUGGCGGGAGUACGCUCAGAGAAGGACGCGCUGGAGGCCGUACUCUUCGAUACUGCCAACCUGCUCGAGGACACUGACAACAAGAGGAACAAGCUCGAACACGAGCUGCAGGAGACACUCGUACAGCAAGAGAAUUAUAAGGGUCAAAUAGCCCGUCUAACUAAAGACUUGGAAAACAGCGAGCGCAAACUGCGCGACACUCGCAACUCGAUGUCGCAGGCGUCGGGCAAGAAGGAGGCGGAGUACCAGCAGAUCAUUACCAACAUCAACCGCACCACCGCUGAGAACAUCACCAAGCUUAAGGAGGAGAAGGAACAACUUCGUCAAACCUUAGAACACAAGCUAAGUCAGACUAUAGCAGCUUUAACGAGCGAGAAAGAAUCAUGCGAGGCUAGCGCGCGCGAGAGAGAGAAGAAGCUACUGAUAGCGAGGGACCAGCUUAUACUGCAGCACGAUGAAGCCAUGCUGAGAGCUGAGAAUGACAAGCAACAGGCGUUGUUGAUGGCUCACCAAGAGCAGCAAGCGUUACUGGAGCGCCUGGAGGAAGCCAAGCGCGCGUUUGACUGCGAACAGAACAAGCUCGAGCGCGUGCGACGCGACGCGCAUGCGCGCGCUGAGCAGGACCGGACGUACGUCAACCAGCUUAAAGACGAGAUGGCUGCACUCAAGACCCGGCUGGAGGAGGCCAAGGCAUCAGCAGAAGACGAGUGCGCCCGUUACGAGAACCGCAUCAAGGAGCUACAUCUGGAGAAGGAGGCCGUCAUGCGGGAGUGUACCGAGAUCCGCGCACAACUGUCACUCGCAGAGGACAAGUAUGACAAUGCGUACGCGCAGCUGCAAGAUACAAUGAGGAAAUUGAAGGAAUUGGAGAAUGAAGCGGACAGUCUCCGCAAGGAGCUGACAGAUGUCCGGCGCCAGCUGACUAACUGCACGGCGGAGCGCGACAAGUACAACAGUAGCUGUCGCGAGCUCCGCGACCAUGUCAAGCGCGCAGAGCACGAACGCAGGGAGGCCGCGCGGGCUAGGGACGACGCUUAUCAUAAGAUUGCAGGCUUGGAAGAGAACCGCACGACUCUCGAUCUAGAGUUGUCCCGCGUACAGACAAUGUUGAAAGAGAGUGAGACGGGAGGAGAACACGUCACUCGCGAGCUGAAGGCCACUGAAAACCAACUGAAGAGGGAACGAGCUGCCUUGGAACAAGCCAACCAUGACAUCAAGGAGUUGCAGUCUAGAUAUUUACAGCACAAGUAUUUUACUGAAGUUUGUUUUGUGGUUAUUAGACUGCAGAAUGAAUGCGAGGAACGGGAACGUUGCGCGGGCGACGCGGCGGCGGCGCGGCGGCACGGCGCCGAGCUGGAGGCGCUGCUGGCGGCCGCGCGCGCCGACCUGCAGGCCUGCAGGCAGCGCGCCGCCGACCUGGAGGAGGCCUGCCGCGCCAGGGACCAGGAGUUGGUACUUCGUCUGGAGGACUGUAGGUCGAAGGAACGUCGCCUGGAGGAACUUAAACAUAACCUGGAGGUUUGCCUCGCUGACGCCACGCAACAGAUACAGGAACUUAAGGCUCGUCUAGGCGGCAGUGAGGGUCGUUGCCGCGCCCUAGAAGCAUCUCUGUCCCAGUGUGAGAGUGGCAAGCGCGAGGCGGAGGCCAAGUUGUCGUCCAUAGCGCACGGCCUGCGCCGCGUCUGCGGGGUGCAGCCUGACGGGUCCGUGCACGCCGCCACCAGGAAGCGACUCGCCAGCCCCGCGCGACGGUACAGCCCGCAUAGAGGCCGAGAUCACUCGGAGGAUCGCAACGAGAUCAUAGAUGUAGAUCCCGAGCUCAUCAAGAAAGGAAUGCGUAACCUGAUGCAUGAUGUUUGCCAGAUCGAGAGAGAAAAGGACGACUACAAGUCGCAAGUGAGCAUGUUGAAGAAGCAACUGAAGGACGCGAGCGAGCAACAAGGCAAGGGCGACAACAAGCUGCAGGCCGUCACCACCAACCUGCGCUCGCUGCAGGAGGAGAAGGCGCGCCUGCAGACUGCAUACGGACAGAAGGAGGCACAGAUUAAUGCACUCAAUGAAUCUGUACAGGGUAAGACCUUAGAAAUUAGCAACUUACGAGACAAGAUCACAAGUCUAGAGGCAGCGUUGUCAUCAGUCACUGAAGAAAAAGUACAGAAUGAGAACAAAGGAGACAAUCUUCGAGUGCAGUUGGCGGAACGCGUCCAGGAAGUCGGACAACUGCGUGAAGCGCUCGCAGCGGCUGAGGGUCGUGCGGCCCGCCUAGAUGUCCGACGCGCUCAGUUAGAGGGCGACGUACAAAGAGCUGCCGUUGCGGCUAGAGACAGAGAUCAAGCACUCAAGAAAUUACAAGAGCGAUGCGAAGGCUACACGCGCACUAUAGCGCAGUUAGAAGACCGCUGUACGUCCCUCAAGGGCACCGUGGAACAACUGUCCACUGCGCUGCAGAAGGCCGCUGCAGCCGAGGCGGAGUUACGGUCAGAGCUCGGCAAAGUCACAAGGCAACUUAAUGAAGCUAAGAACAAUGAACAUAAUGCUGUUGAUAAGCUAAGGCAGAUACAGAAGAGUGUGUCGAGCUGUGAGAAUGAACGUCGAGUACUGACGGAGAAACUGGAGAGUGCUAAGGCGGCACUCGGAGAGAUGAAGAGGAUGAAUUCCUCAUUAGAGGACCAGGUGCACAGACUCACUAACCAGCUCGCCAACCUUGAGGUGCAGAGGUCGGCCUUCGAAUCCCAACUUCGCAUGACAACAUGGGACGGCAAAGAAAGCAACAGUGACAGUGAAAUAGAGAGGGAGUUACACCAACUACAACGGGACCGCGCCGAACUUAAGUCCAAGUGCGAAGUCCUACAGGACACAGUGCGCAAACUGGAGGCUGAACGACGCAUGGCCAGGCCGGCGCUCAGGAGUAAGAGCCAUGAUAGGACUGAGAAGAGUGUCUACUACUCCGAUUUGGAUUCUGGCCCAGACUCAACAAAAGACUCCUCAACGCGUGGUUACAAGGACUCAUGCAACAUUCCUUGUAAAGACAAGGGCUUUACAACUGACCUUAGCCUCAUUGAGCUGGAGAACAGGGAGCUCAGGAUGAAGAUCCGACGCCUAGAGAAGGAAUUGGCAGAUAAAGAGGCUGAACUAGCAAUGGCUCGUACUCGGUACCUGACGGACUUGUCCAGCAUGUCGCCGUCGCGGCGCAGCGACGUGGAGCACUACCGGCAGGCCGCGCUGCAGGCCGAGCGACUGCUUGAGAGCAAGGAGGCCUCGUACAGGCAGCAGAUCAUGAGGCUCGAAACACAGGCGUCUCAGCUCCGCUCCCAGCUGACAGCAGAGAUCCGUCGCCGCCAGGCGUACAUCGCACGCAGCGGUCGCGCUGCCAGAGACGUGCAGAGACUACGCUCAGCACUCGGAGACUCACUGCGGACUGUCUCACAGGACCCAGCGUUGGACUCGUACACCUUGGAACACGAGGCAAGAAAGUUGGACAGCACGCUCACCCACAGCCUUCCUCCGCUCAACGACAGCUACGACUCGUCCAAAUAAACACCGGCUCUGCGACAAGCCGAUAUUUACCAAUAAUGAGCUGCCAACGCUCGAGCAUUGUGUAAAAAAACACACAAUAGGAAUACAGAUGGUGUAAUUUAUAACCAGCCGUGUAGUUUCAAGUUUCUAUUUAUAGGAAAACUGGCUGCGUUGUGUAAAAUUAGCAGAUAAAAGUCGAUACAAUAGAUGACAGCAAUGUUAUUCCUAUACACCGAACUAAUUGUCAUUUGUUUUCAGAUAACGCGCUGUCUAUUUUAAUAUCGUUCGAAUAAUUCGAAAUUUAAAUUGGGCAUAAACGACAG